UCUUCCCUUUCCUCCUCCCUCUCUCCUCCUUUAUUUUGUUGAGCAAAUUCUUUUUCCCUGUCGUCAUGUUGUCCACUUUUCCAACCGGUUCUUCGUACGAGGCCAUGCUGGAAAACCCAUUUCCGGCUUUCGACAACGCCUCGACGCCGUGGGAAUGCCACGACCAUGAAUUCUUGCCGGCUUUGUUCCAGAUUCCGGAACAAACCGGAUUGGACAUAUUCCAAACCCGAAAACCGGUGAUUUCAAGUUCGAGUUCUGAAAACCGGGAUGAACCGGAGGAAAAGAUGGAGGUGAUAGACGAGAGAAAACGGCGGCGGAUAGAGUCGAACCGGGAGUCGGCAAGGCGGUCCCGGAUGCGAAAACAGAAGCACUUACAAAACUUAAGCAACUUGUUGAACAAGCUGAGAGUUGAAAACAAAGAGCUUUCAAAGCGGUUCCGGUUCACGAUGUAUCAGGCGAACCGUAUACGGUCGGAAAACGACAAUCUCCUGACAGAACACGAAAUUCUGCGGCGGAAACUUUUGUACAGCCGUGGAGAAUUAAUUUCCCGACAAUUCCAACGACGACAAUUCGGUUACAACCAACAACAACAAAUCCCCGCGCCGACUCUCCCCCAAUCGCAAUACAUCCUUUAUAACAACAAAAACUUCAUUAAUUGCUAAAACCGACCAGACCAUUAUAAGAAGGACCAAAUUCUGGCCACUUGUCCGUGUCUCUGGUGUGUAUAAACUAAAAGAAAGCUAUAUAUUGGUGGGGUUUUACGCUGUUUUUUAAGCAACUAGUAGUGUGUAAAAGAACAUCGGCGACUACCUUUAUUACUAAUGCCUAUGCAUCCGUUUUUUCUUCUU